AUUGUGUCGCACUAUAAACCAAACAACUUAGCUUGCACAUAAAACCACCGCUUACAGCAGGCAUAGCAAAACUAAGGUUUAAGUGUUCUAUUUCCGAAUAAUAAGAGCUAAAAGCUACAUUUCAAAAAGCCGAAUUCGACUGAUUUGCAUAACAGUUAUUGUGAACGUUCUUAUGAUUACAAUUGCUCCUCAUGAUAUCUGAACGACGCUGAUGUGAUUUCUACCUCUUACAUUGUAAAAUUAUUAGAAAAAUUGAAUAUUUGUUUGCCUGUAAUCUGUGUUGUUGUUUUUUUCGUAAGUGAAUUUAAUCAAUUACCAUGGAUAUUUUGGAAGACAACCGAGCGUAUGAAACCGCAGUGGAGAAGAAAUGCAUCUCCUCGUGCCGGGUACCGCUACACAACCAGAAUCUUCUGUCGAUCCCCAACGACCACCUGUACCACAUUGCCCUCAGCAGCGGCGACAACGACCUCCGACAGAUGUUCGGCGACGUCAAGUUUGUAUGUUUCGGCGGUACCCCCUCAAGGAUGGAGAAGUUCGCUAGGUUCAUGUCCCGAGAGCUCGGCCUUGGCACUGCUCCCGCCCAUAACUUCGCCGGAAACACUGACCGGUACGCCCUCUAUAAGGCAGGACCCGUCCUGUCCGUAAGCCAUGGCAUAGGUAUCCCGUCCCUGUCAAUAGUGUUCCAGGAGAUUGUGAAACUUGUGUACUACGCCGGAUGUGAGGACGUGACAUUCUUCCGGAUAGGCACUUCCGGCGGGAUAGGCCUUGAACCCGGGACAGUUGUGAUAAGUGAAAGCGUCGUGAACGGCCAGUUGGAACCAAUUUAUAAGCAGAUCAUUCUCGGAAAGCAGGUGGAGCGCCCGGCCGUGGUUGACCAGGAUCUGGCCCAGAACCUUCAUAACCUCGCCCUUGAGGACGACCGAUACAAGACAGUCAAGGGCACCACACUAUGCGCGGACGAUUUCUAUGAAGGCCAAGGUCGCAUAGAUGGCGCUUUCUGCGAGCACGACGAAGAGGAGAAAAUGUUGUGGUUACGGGAAAUGCACGAGGCUGGGGUGACCAACUUGGAAAUGGAAUCACUGGGCUUUAUUGCGAUGUGUCACAGAGCUAACAUCAAAGGUGCCGUGCUGUGUGUUACACUCCUUGACCGGUUUGAAGGGGACGGCAUUACCACCAACCUUCAGCUACUCCACGAGUGGCAGACCUAUCCGCAGAUGCUCGCGGCGCGCUUCAUAAAAUCGACCCUUGGGCUUUAGUUGUCGAUGCGAGCCGGAUGCAUGAGGCGCGUGGGCUUAAUGCAUUUGCAUAAAUUGUCGUUCCAUAGUAGCCUGUGCAGUUCGCACAGGCUAAUCAGGGACGACACUUUUCACUUUUAUUGAGUUUUGUUUGAAGGAAGUCUUUUUAAACAAAAAUCCAGUUAAUGCGGAAAGCGUCGUCCCAUUAGCCUUUGUGGACUGUACAUGCUUAGCUUGGACGACACUUAAGUAGGCAGCAUUAUGCGUUUGUGAAUCGAACAUUGUUUGCACACGAAUAAUGCAUAGGACCGUUCAUGAACACCGUAACAAAAAUACAUAUUUUACUGUGUAAAUUGCAUUUAUAUAAGUGCGAAAAACUACAGGUAUUUUAACGGUUUCGAGAGACGUCAUAUUAGCCAGAUUUGAUCAUAAGUUGAUAACAUUUUGUACGAAUUCACUCAUAUGUUAGGUUGUGAGUCGAGUGAUAUAUAGUGAUAUAUAAAGCGUUACACAACAGCAUGUUGACAAAUGAGUCGUGUUCUGAGAAAACUGGACAUAAUGCAUGUGCGUAAAGUGUCGUUCCAGAUUAGCCUGUGCAGUCCGCACAGGCUAAUCAUGGACGACACUUUCCGCUUAAAUAAGAUUUAAUUAAGAAGAGACUUCAUUUAAACGAAAAAUGUCAUAAAAGCGGAAAGUGUCGUCCCUAAUCUGGGACGACACUUGACGCACAUGCAUUAUGCCCAGUUUUCUCAGAACGCGACUCAAAUAAAAGCGUUGUAUUAUAUUGCAGUCAACGAAUGCAAUAGCGCUUACAGGUUUUGACAAUCUUUAAGUUUACCUACUGAAGUAAGUUGUAUUUGCUCAGCGUUUAUAUUUGAUGGUGUAUAAUUUUCUUUAUUUAAGUUGCAACUGUUGUGUUUGGUAUUAAUGUUUAACUUUUUAAAUAGAUAAAACAUCGAUGAAUAAUAAAACUAGAACAAUAGUUUAGAUGAAGUAGUUUCAUAAAAUAAACGAAAGGAAAGUUGUAUUCAAUAUUAUAAUUGUAUAAAACACAAAUAUUUUACUGCUGUGCAUGUACACAAUACAUUUGCUUUGUUGAAAAAUCCCCAAAUGUCUGUUCAGAUUCGUUUAUACGAUUUCACUCAAACAAUAUUUUAUUGAUGGUUCCACAAAAAGAGGUUUGAUUAAUUGGUUGGUUGUAGAAUGCGAUAAUAAAGCAUUGACACCCAUUUAUGCCUAGUGGACUCUCCCAUCCUUCUUAAUUGGAUCAAUUUAUUUCCAAAAUUAGGGAUGUCUAGUAUAUUUAUUGAUAUAUUAAGAAUAUUUCUUACAGAAAUUCCUUUAAGCAAACAGCGCAGACCCUGAUGAGACGCCGCAUCAUGCGGCGUCUCAUCUGGGUCUACGCUGUUUGCCAAGGCCUUUUUUUCUAGACGCUAGGCAUAAAUGGGUUAAACUACAAAUUGCAUGUUGCGUAACAGUCAUUAUUGUAUAUAGAUGUUUUUUGUACCGUUCAUAUCAGUUUUGUAUAAAGAGAUUGUGCCAUAUUUCACUUCCACGUUUUUCGUACCACAUAACAGUCGCGCUUUAUUUAUGCUGACUUGAUACCCAUAUUAUUUCAUCCUUAAGAUAUUUUACUACCUCGUUAUGUUAUUCAUUUAUAACAGAAUUGUGUAGUAUUUUCUCUCGAGUGAGUCACUGUUACUUGAUACCCAUAUUAUUUGAUCCUUAAUUAAGAUAUUUUACUACCUCGCUAUGUUAUUCAUUUAUAACAGAAUUGUGUAAUAUUUUCUCUCGAGUCACUGUUAUACAUACACGAAUUUGACUCAUUGUACCGUUUCCAAUGUAUAUUAUGUACAUUGUCGCCAAAUAUCGCUUUUCAUUUACAAUUUAAUUUACGAAUGUAUAUUUUAUUUAAGUAAUUAAGCGGUCUGGUGUCAACAUUUUCAAUAUUUUAUACUGUAAAUGUGUAAUGUGUCACACUGGUAGGUUUCAGUAGCAAACAGACUGCAAUUUGUGAUGUAAAUAUAACUAACAGUGUCAACUGUUUAAUGAUAUCACAUGUCUACGUCUUAUUUCUGAUCAUAUCUCAGUCUAUAAUUCCUUUAAAUUCUAUUGUUAUCAGGUACACAUUCCUUAUGUACAUAGAUAUGCAGUGAUACUGUGUGCUUGUAUCAUAUAUUGUUUUGUUUUGAAUAUAAUAAACUGAAAACAUGAAA